UCCAUCUCCAUCUUGGCAAGAAAGCGUCGGUUUAGUUAUCAAAAUAUCGUAAGUGGUAUUACACCGUUAGUUCGAUCCCGAACCGUUCGUCGAAGAAUGUCUUACGAUCGGAACGAGUGCCGCAUCUACGUGGGCAACCUGCCGCCCGACAUCCGCACCAAGGACAUCCAGGACCUGUUCUACAAGUUCGGCAAAGUCACGUUCGUGGACCUGAAGAACCGCCGCGGCCCGCCGUUCGCCUUCGUGGAGUUCGAGGACGCGCGCGAUGCAGAGGACGCCGUGCACGCGCGCGACGGCUACGACUACGACGGCUACCGCCUGCGCGUGGAGUUCCCCCGCGGCAACGGGCCGGCGGGGUUCCGGGGCAGUCGCGGCGGCUCCGGGGACCGCAUGGGCGGGCGGGGGCGCGGGCCCCCGGCCAGGCGCACGCAGUACCGCGUGCUGGUGACCGGGCUGCCCCCGUCGGGCAGCUGGCAGGACCUGAAGGACCACAUGCGCGAGGCGGGUGACGUGUGCUUCGCGGACGUGUUCAAGGACAGCACCGGCGUGGUGGAGUUCCUGCGCCACGAGGACAUGAAGUACGCCGUGAAGAAGCUGGACGACUCGAGGUUCCGGUCGCACGAGGGCGAGGUGUCGUACAUCCGCGUGAAGGAGGACUACGGGGGCGGCGGCAGUGGGCGCGGCAGCGGCGGGCGGUCUCGCUCCCGGAGCUUCUCCCCCCGGCGGCGCGGCUCGCCCACCUACUCGCCCGUGCGGCGCAGCUUCAGCAACUCGCGGUCGCGCUCCGGCUCCUACAACUGAGCCCUCCGCCCCUUGUCCCCUUGUCCCCUUGUCCGCCCGACCCCGUCUAGCGUGAGAACUGUGCUCCCUGCCGCACACGUGUCUAUCCUCUGCUUGUUGCUUUGUUCCGUUCAUCGUGAUACGCAAGGCAGUGUUACAAACAUUUUGAGAAUGUACCCUUUUUAGAGUUACGUAUAACAUCAAAUCAUCUCUCCUUUAAGCCAUUUGCAAAAUUCCAUUACUGCUCAGCUAAUAGGUAUAUGUAAUACCUGUUGUUCGAAUUUCAAUCAAUUUCUGAAAAGAGAUAAAAAGCUGCACAGUAACUUUGUGUGCUCAUGUUAUGUAUGGUGAAGUCAGGACACACUCAUCUACCUGUCCCUGUUUUUAAAUAAUCAACUGAACAAACACUUGCCUUUCUGUAGCAUGAUAAACUAGUACCUAAAGAAACACUGCAGAUAGAUGGGUGAACAAUUCUCGCUCAUGCUCUGGGAGGCGGAAUGAUGCAGAUUUGCUAUUUAAUAAUGUUGGGAUAAGUCUAGAAUUGCACUUUUGCAAGGUAGUUUACAAACAUAAGCAACACCCAGGAAAAUUCAUAAACUGCUCAGUUAGGUAAACUAAUAUAAAUAUUUAACCAUCUUGGUUAUUAUGUGCAAAGUUUUAAUGUAAUAUAACAAGUAAAAUUGUUUUAUUUUUAGUAAGUCAUGGAAAUAAUUAAACAAUGCUUAUUCAAUUAUAAGUCACUCAUUGGAUUUUGUUUAUCUGUAGGGUUUGCGACAUAGACCUUGCAGUCUGAUUAUGAACACAAAUUUUGUGAUACAAGAGACCGUAAACAUCGAACAGGGUUAGUACGAAUCCUUAAUAUCCUUAAAAAGUCCUUAACUUGUCUUUUAUAGAAUAAGGUCCCUUUCAAAUUCUUCAAACUUCACUAAGAAUCAAUAAAAACUUCUUAAUAAAGACUGAUAGAUUGCGAGUAAUGGAUAAUUGUGGGUAUUUCAAUUCUCUUUUGAUUCGGACUUGGCAGUAAACUACGUUUUGCGCAUGCACAGUACAGUUAUCACAUUUUGGACCACGUGUUUAGGUUUUAUGUAAAUAAAACAUUUUCAAUUAGUUUUUUUCUAUUUUGUAUUUCACCUUGAAACUAAAAAUAUGUGUUUUACGUCUUGACUUGCAAAGAAAGUGUAUUUAGUGAUCAAAUCAAAUGUUAAGGUAACAAAUUUUAGCUAGACACAAAGCUUGUGUUAGAUAUUGUGUUCCAGAGGUAAUUCUGGACAAAAGGGCUUUGGCUGAAAUCACUGAACUAACCGGUAAUAUUAUUUUUAGUGAUUUAACUACUAAACAUUGUUAUUUUCUUAAAGGUUUCACUGUAUAUAUUCAUGUAAUUUACUGGAGAAGUGUGUUUAAAGUCUGUGAGGACUUGUUUGCGUACACGGGUUGUGCGUAGAGGCAAUGGCGAAUAACAGUCGCACAAAUGUAUUAAAAGAUUGCAUGGUUAUGGUAAAUUUUGAAUGUUGCUGCUUAUUUUGGAACUGGGUGGGUAAUGUCGUGAAUUACAUUCUGAAUGGAAUCCAGGCUUAGUACAUCCCCUUCCGUUUAUUUCCCUGAAUGGUGUUCAAUAUUGUGAAGCUUGUAGAGUUGUGUCUUGGAAAUAUUAACUAAUAAGUGAAAGGUUAGUUAGGUCAGCUACAGUAACGUGUAAAUUACAAUUUUACAAGCAUUUUACAUGUUUUGAAUUUAGCUGACACAACCAUUUUUAACUUAUGAAGUUAAUAUUCAACUUGUUAAAUAUGUAGAUGGCCGAUAUUUGUUUAGAAAAAAAAUUGUAAAAUUCCAAAAAUACUUUUAUUCUAUGCUUUUUAUUUUUAACUUCCUCUUUUCAUAAAACCCGGCGGAGAUAAAAUACAAAUACUUUAGGAGAUAUUGUUGUUCUUAUUUUGCAAUACAAGACCUGUGCAAUCAUUCGACCGUCGCAAUUUUUUUAUUUUGCUGUGUGUUCGUGAAUGCCUAAUUAAAAUUUAAAUGGUUGAUUAGGUCAGGUAGGUUACAUUAUAAAUACUUUCAAACUAUAUUUUUUUGUGUGCUAUAUUGUAAUAGUUAAUUUAUCUCACUUAGUUCUAAUAAGCCAUGAAAUUCAACAUUUGAUAGUGAAACUUAUAUUAUCUAUUACUUAAAUUUGUGAAAAUUGCUGUAGGCUAUUAUGCGUUUGGUACUACGGAAGUAGUUAUUGAAAAACCACGGUGAGACAUGUGCACUGUGUUCUGUGCACUUGAGUGAGCUUGCAGUUGAACUGAGACUGGACGUUACUGUGUGCCCCUGAUGGCGACUGCCUCUUCAUUGGCUGGAAGACAGACGUCGGGAUGGCGAUCGGGAAUAUUGAGUAUCAAUGUUGUGGUAUUAAUAUUUUGUCCCAAUCACAUUGAACUAGAAUAAAAAUAUUUUGUUUCAAUUUUGAAAACUAUUUAAUCGUACAUUGAUUGUACACCCGUGCAGUAUAAACACCCUGUAACAGGCAUUGAUGCUGACAUUGGCUCUGUCACUAGGGUAUCUUCAAGAAAACAUUAUUCUUGUGUAAAUUAGUCAAGUUAUUUGUCAUUUGGUCAUGCAUUUAAUUUUCUUUUUAUUGUUAUUUGACUUUUUCUAAUAAGAGAUAAUAAAAAAUGUGUUAGUUUCAAUUUUAAAAACUUAAGACGUAUCAAGAACUCAAUGUUACAAUAUUUAAAUAUAUUUUCAUUAUAAGGAAAUCAAGGUUAAAAGUUUUAAAAUGUUGAUAUUCUUAUAUCAGUAUUUUCAAGCCAUUAUUUCAUUGUCAUGUAAUGUUGCCACCUCGACUCAGCGCUGAGUGGUUGGCUAACCUGCAGUGUCACUGGGGGAGGGGGGGGGGGAGUUAGAGCCGGCAGAGCUGUUCCACACAUGACGAUGUUGCCUUCCUGCUUUUGAAGAGUCUGUUCGCAUGAUCAUGUUGUUUUAUUAAAAAUUUAAAUAGUGUUGUAAUAAAUUAUAUUGUGGUUUAAUGCACUACAAUCACAGUCUGUCAUUAAUAUUAUAAGUAAUAGAACAUAAACUUCCAUUUAACAUUGUAAUGAGUUUUCAAAAAAAGAAAAACAUGUAGUUCAAAUGAGCCAGUGUACAUGGGGUGAAGGCCUCAUGGUUAGUGUUGUGGAAGUAAUUACUUGUAUGUACUUGCAUUUGACAUAACAAGCCAUUUGCUUUAUCCUGUUUAACAUUUUAUUAAAAAUGUUGAUGUAUUUUUUUGGGUUCAGUUACCUUGAGUAAAAUGACUUGGCUUUAAGAGUUGAUGUAAGCCCGUCGACAACGAGAGCAGUAAGGGUAACAUCACCGAUGGUUCUCGGUGCGGUGGGAGCAGGGUUGCAAACUGAAGCACAGUUCUCACGCCAACUUGAAAUGUCCUUGCGUUGGUAACAUGUACGUGUAGUUGUCUCUGUGUCCAAGUGUAUCCGGGCAUCGGGCAUCUUCUUCUAAUUACGAUGCUAUUGUUUUAGUGUGUGUUACCGCAGCAAUAAAAACUAAACUUUUCUUUUAAUCUGCACGAGAUGAGUUUCUACUGUGAAAAUUUUUGUAGGCUUAAAGUGUUUUGAUGCAGGUUUUUAAGAUAUGAUUUAGUUUCUCAAUUGAGUUUAUCUGAUUAAAUUUUUUAUGAAAAUGACAGUUUUGAUCUGAAAGUAAGUAAUUCAUAAUUGAAAGUCAUUGUAAAAUUAUAUGUGGAUUUGCUAGCAGAUUAGAUUUUCUUGUAAGGUUAUUCAAUAUCCCACAUGCCAAAAGUUGCUUUGUUAAUACUGCUGGGAAAUUUAUUUAGAAUCUGCACUAGGCUAAUUGUUUCUUUUUCAGUAUGUUAAAUGUUGUUUACUUGCAAUAUGUUUUUCAAGUCUGGUGUAGCUUUAGGAAAUAAUCUGCAGUCUUGUAGUAUCUGCAUGUUCAAUGCACAUGUUAUUUGUAAUGCUCGUCAAGUAUGUAACUUCAUAAUAUGUUUGUAAUUUUCUCCUAUGAUGUAGAUUUUUUUUUUAAAGAAUGUAAGGCUGCUAUGUUGACUUCAUUAAUUGGCAUUAUUGUGUUUUUUAAAUAUUGGUUUUUAUAGAGAAUAGCAUCAUGCAGAAGUGUGCAAAUAGUGCGAUGUAUGUCAAUCAUUCCAUGUCUUUGCCAGGAUGUGCACCAAAUUGGAGGAUGUAGUUUCUUGGAAUCACUGGACAAGACUGGAGCCGCUCCCAAUCCAUGUUAGGAUCACGGAAGGUGGGACAGGAUCGAGAGGACACACGAAGGAUCACUUAACGCUGGAGUUGCUGGACGUGGGCGUCGCUCGUUGCUUGCUAGGAUGACGAGUGGAUGCCUCCAUCGUUACAGGAUCAGGAUUCAGAGGACACGUGGAGAUUGCUUCGCUUUUGUUGGACAAGAUGGGACGUUCCGACGCACGUUAGGAUACAGGAACCAUCAUUUUUCUCUUGGAGUAGGAUUCAGGAUUUGAAGGAGAUGCCUGCGCCUUACCGGAGUCACACUUAAUGCAAUGGAUCUCUUCAAAAUCUUUGGACAAGAUGGGAUUUUCGUUCUCCAUCCAUUCAUCAUUUCUGGGAUCAGGAUUUUGGAUUUAGGAGGAAAAACACCUAACUAUUAUAUAAUUUUAUCAACACAUUUACAUGGGAUAUCUAGUGGAAUUGUGAAAAAAAUUGGAUUUAUCUUUAUUUUGAUGCAUUGGAAGCAAGUACAUUCAUUACAUGCAUUAUUUAUUUGAGGAGACUUAUUCUCGUCAUGCACAGAAAUUCAUUUUCAAAAUUUUUGAACAAGAAGGAACCUUGACCUUCAAUGCAUGUUUGAUUGCCUUUCUCAUUUCAUGGAAUCAGCACUUCGGAGAAAAUAGUAACCAUUUCAUAACUGUAACUUUACAAUGUAUAUUCAAUAAAAUUGUGGAGAAGAUGGGACCGCCUGUCAGGACACAGUGGAAUGGAGUUCUUGAACUACAUCUGUAGUUUCACGUGGAAGGAUGUGGUCUUGCUUGCAUAGUCACAAGCACAGGAUUUUCUCUCCAGGAUGUUUGGACUAAGGUGGGCUUUAAGGGUCAGUGUGGUAGGACAGUGGAACUGUAUCAUUGUACCCGUAAUCCCUCCAUUAUAAACAUUCCAUAGGUAGCCAUUAAAUUUACUCAGGAUUUGUGCCAAAAACUGUGGACUGUCUGGGAUUCAUUAUGCGUCAGUGUCUGCGAUGCAAUAAGACAGAUCUGCAACUUAAUGAAGCAGGACAGGACUGGAGAAAUUGACGGACACACUCCGUGGCCAAGUCAAUAUCAUUGCUGUGGAGUUAACACCGACCGUGUUGGCCGACACGGGCUGGCUGGAUGCUCAUACUUUCAUUUUGUAUACAGUUUCCAGCUAAAGGAAUCUGGAUUUUCGGAGGAAAUUAUAUUUCGUAAUUCAUAAUUUCUUGAAAAUUAUUUUCAAAUAGUUAGGGAAGAAAAGAGUUACGCAUGAACAAGAUAGGAUGCACCAAAACCCAUGUGCUAUGAUGGCACUGAAUGUUCUUGAACUGAACUCCGGGAUUCAGAGGACGUGGAUGAUGUCUUGUUGCUGGCGAAGAUGGCACACUGCUCAGUGUGCUCGUGGUUUCAUGUCGGAACACAUUUGGAGCGUGCUUGCGAGGACAAGCAGGGACAAUCGCGCUUCGUAGUGCGUCGAUCCUCCGUGCAAUCAGGAUUCAGGACUCUGGUACUGCAGAGACUUUGGGUUAGCAUUCAUGCAUCGUAGUGCCUUUUCUGGAUGAAAAAAGUGUACCUGCGAAAAUUAUGUGCCGCUAUUUGGCACUGGACUGAUUAGUUUCUAUGAAUCUGUUGAAUUGUCUUAGGGCAGUAGAUUUGUAUGUCUCGUUUAAGAGAUGGAAUCUUCUAAUUGUGUUUAUAACGCUUUGUGAUUGAUAUUUUAUGAAAAAAAUACAGGAUUUUAUUUUUUUAAACAUGCAAUUUCUUAUUUCAACUUAACCAUCUCGUAUAAAAGCUUCCCUUCAUAUUUAUUUCAUUAAUAAUAAAUUUACAGCUAAUAACUCGUGAAAAAUAUUUGUGGCUAGAGUCAAAAUUCCUUCAAACUUCAUUUUGGUAGUAACAUGCUGCAUGGUAUAAAAAUUUUCCAUGUUUAGUCAAGAAAUUAUUUCAGCUUCCAAGUGAUCAGUUUAUAGCUAUUAUAGAUUUCAAAUGCUUGUAUUCAGUCAUAUCAUUAGUGUAACACUUUGGGAAUAAGUAGUGUGUGCAUAUAAAUGUGUGUACUCCCUUUUCCAAAUUCACAAAUUUUUUGAGAGUUACUGAAGUCCAAAUUGACAUUCUGAAGAGAAAAAAUUGUUAAGAAAGUGGGUUAAAAGACCUUAUAAAAUAAUGGGUAUUUGCUGUUUAAAGACAGUAGAAAAGAAUGAGUUAGUUCAUAGUUACGUGAAAUAUGCUUUACUUAACGUACACUGCACAUUUAUUUCUGAACUAGUAUGCCUGGUUAUUACAACUCAAAUGCAAGGCUAAAUAUAGUGAAUACACAGUGGCCCAUGUUAGCAGCACAAUUUAAUUUAUAUAUGGUCAAAAAGGAUUUUGAGUUAGGCCAGAGCAGCAAGAUCACAGUACGGCUGAUGCAUCCACUCAGCAAUAAGUUAAGAAGGUUGGCUAAACUGAUACGAACAUAGGGUUCUUCCAAUCAUAGGUAUCCCUUUGCUUAACGCCUUCUCUGACAUGAAUUUUACACAUUUGUGAUUCCUUCACAUGUAGAGACUAGCCAGUCCCGUCCCACAGUUCUGUGGGAGCCUAGUUUGCGAGACGGGUGGGAGAGAAUGUUGGCUGCGAGGAACGUUACAUCUUAGGCCCGCGAUCCUCUGACGAUGGAUGCUGAUUGUCACGGAUACCACUUCCAUCUCGUGGAUUGGGAGUACUGGAGUAGAGUUCAUUACUGCUGUGGCUUCUGGUGAAGCAUUGUUUCCAACUGCAUUUACUAGUUAAAAAUUGGUUUAAAUACCGGGCAAAGAUUUCAGGUCCAAAAUAUUAUGUUGAAACCAGUUAUUUUCUUAAGUAUGGCUGUCCAGAUAUGUAAUGAAAAUGCAGUUUCAAGAAUUUUUUCACCAGCAUUGAUGCAGUUUUCAAAAGUCACUUUUGCAUUUGGUUUUGCUAGAUUGUAGUUCAGUGUGGACUUUUUGCUGCAGGGAGCGAGAGAUCACUGAUUGUACGUGUGUUUGCUAGUGUCGACUUGUGGAGCCCUGCCAGCCGUUCAACAAGUGCUGUAGUUUGUGUUUCAAGAAACAACGGCAUACUGGAGCCGACCUCUUUGGGGCUGUAGGGGACAAGUUAGUUGCCACGAACGUAAACUGUUAGGAUUGGCCUUCAGUAUUUCAGCACAAUAUUCCAUAUUGAGAGCUUGAGCUAAAUUAAUCUGGCAUUAACGAAAUGAUAAUCUGCUUGAUGGACACAAAUCAAAUGAUUUGUUUAGCAAUUUUGGUAAUGGAAUGCAUCUUGUGAAAGAUAACAGUAGGUUUAUGUAAUGUAGGUUGUUAGGAGAAUAUGAACAAUUUUUUUUUUUGCACACACAGUUAGUAUGUAAUGUGUUUUGGGAAUAAAGGCCAUAAAUAUUACUACUUUUUGUGUUUAUAAAUAAAUUUGUGUCAAAUUUAUACUGUCCAGAUUAUUUGUAUAUUUUAAUUAAUUUCACGUUAACCCUGAGGAGAUAUUUUACAUGUUUUUCCAUUAUACUUUUUAAACAUUUUUGUGUCAAACAGGAUAUGUGCCAGAAAAUGUUAGUACCUAUAUUUUUAUUAGCAAAGUAUUAGUUACCUCGGAGCCGGCACAACUCAAAACUAUGUGAACAUGCAUUCUAUAACUGAUGUAGGAAAUGUCCAGAAUAAAAUAUGUUCAGUGAG